CGUCCACGUCUUCCUCCCACACGCUGCAGCCAUGGCGAACCAGACGCUCAAGGGCGCACUCAACGUGCGCGGCACCAACCCGCAGCACCUCGUUGAGAAGGUCGUGCGCGCCCGCAUCUACGACUCGCCCUACUGGAAGGAGCACUGCUUCGCCCUCACCGCUGCCAGCAUCGUGCCCGUCGCCGCGCGCCUGCCGUACAUCGGCGGCUCGUACGGCGCGCAGCGGCCCAGCCCGUUUCUCUGCCUGCUGCUCAAGCUGCUGCAGCUGCAGCCGGCGCGUGCCAUCAUUCUCGAGUACAUAGCAGCGCCCGAGUUCAAAUACCUACGAGCGCUGGCUGCGAUGUACGUGCGCAUGACAUUCCCAUCGCUCGAGGUAUACGAGGUGCUCGAGCCCAUGCUCAACGACUAUCGCAAGCUGCGAUGGCGAGACAUGAGCGGAUCAUAUCGGAUAACACACAUGGACGAGUUCGUCGACUCGCUGUUGACGGAGGAGCGCGUAGCCGACCUGAUCCUGCCGCGUCUGACGCGGCGAGACGUGCUGGAAGAGGGCGAAGGCCUCGCACCGCGCGCCUCGCGGCUAGAGGAUGCCCUGCUGGCGCGAGCUGAAGGCUCGGGCGGCGAGGAGUCGGACGACUCGGUGCGGGAGGCACGAGAAGACAAGGCGCGGAGAGCAGAGCGGGCACGGAAGAUCCGCGACACGAAGAGCGGGCCGAGGGGUGUGGAAGAUGUCGAGGAGGAGGAGUACGUCUCGCAAGAAGAGUCGGACCAGGAGCGCUUCGUCAGUCGCUCGCCAACGCCCAGCGGCAGCGAGAAGGGCGGCUAUGUCAGUCGCAGCCCCUCCAAGAGUCCGGCGCCGGGCUAUGUGAGCCGCAGCCCUUCAAGGAGUCCGCAGCCUGGUUUCGUCAGUCGAAGCCCGACGCGCUCGCCGGAACGGUCUUGAGCAAUGUCACCUCUUUGCGGCAAU